AUGGCAAGCUCAAGUAUUCCUUCGUUUAUCCCACCAAACACCACCCAGAAUUUACUCAUAAAACUUGAGUCUGGAAACUAUACAAGCUGGUUGACACAAAUCAAUCCUAUACUUCGAACCCAUGAUCUAAUGGGAUUUGUGGAUGAGUCAGAAUCAUGCCCUCCAAAGACAAUCACUGAUGAAGCAGGGAAAGAAAUUCCCAAUCCAGAAUUCCCUACCUGGAACAAGAAGGAUCAAUACCUUCUUAGCAUAAUUACAGCAUCUCUCUCAGAAAAGGUUCUAGCCACAGUGUAUGGGCUGAACACCUCACACCAGGCUUGGACUGCCUUGGCCACCAAGUUUGCCUCAAAGUCCAAAUCUAGAAUCUCCCACUUGAAAAAGCAACUGCAGGGUCUCUCCCAAGGUCCAAAGGCGUGUGCAGACUAUAUGCAAUCUGCUAAAGUCCUGGAAGAUCAGCUAAAUGCAGUAGGUAAUCCUAUACCAGAUGAAGAACUCAUCUCCUCAAUCCUAAAUGGAUUGAACCCUUCCUUCACUCAUUUCAUCACAACCUACUCAUUUCACACCAGAGCAAAUGAGAUCAGUUUUGAAGACUUCCAAGAUGAACUCCUCAGCCAUGAAAUGCUCCUCAAACAACAACAGCAGCAGCAGUAA